CAUUGCUUCUCCUUGGUCCCCAAACCCCUGCCGAAGCUUCCUCGGUAUUGAAAGUUGUACGAUUCUACAGAAAGUUUAUGGUAACGUAUCUAACCACAUCGUCCGAAGUUAAGGAAUUAGAGGAUCCCUAUGGAUUUACGUUUGCACCAUCAGCUUCUACCUUCAAUAAAGCUGUCGUAAGCAUAAUGAAUAUGUUUAAGUGGAAGAGAGCUGCCGUAGUGUACGACUUUCUAGACGAAGGGGGACUUUUUGUUAAGGCUGUGGACAACCUAAUAAAGAAAGCAGACUUUGAAAUAAUUGGAUUUGAAGCGAUAAAUACUGGUGAAAUCAGCCUUAAAGGGAACAUCGACGAGGAUAUCAAAAAUAAACUGGAAAAACUUAGGGACUUGGAUAGUAAAAUAUUCUUUGGUGCUUUCAAUAAAAGAGGAGCUAGUCUGGUGUUUUGCACUUUGUACAAAAUGAAAAUGUACGGACCAGAGUUUGUGUGGAUCCUGCAUCCAGAAGCAGAGACCGUCAAUGAUUGGGAUUCAGUUGCCGCAGUCGAGAGGAAAAAGAACAAGACUGGGGCAUGUACAAAAGAGCAGUAUGAAGAAGUAGCAGACAGAACUAUUAUCCUGGACAAAAAUAUUCUAUAUCGGACGGAUGAUAAUACUACUACUGCAUCUGGUCUGUCGUUACGCCAGGUGUUCAAAAUGGUAGAUCCCGAGCCCACGACGGAAACUGAUAAGAUUGAGUUGACAACAGCUUUUGACACCAUGUGGGCCAUCAUGCUAGCAUUAAAGGAGGCAAAUGCUUCUUUGCCCAGUUCAUUGCCUCUGGAAACAAAUGUAAAGGAGUUUUUGGGAAAAUCAAAAAUAACGGAAACCAUUGAGUCAAAACUGAAAAAUCUGAGCUUUGAAGGACUUACGGGUCCAAUAUCGUUUACCAGGAACGAGGAAAGAGAAGGGAUAAUUGGGGUGAAGCAAUACAGAACUAGCGAAAAGAGUCUUAAACAAAUUGGAAAACAUUAUACAAAGGACAAUGAGUUUGUGUUGUUGUAUAACCGCACUGAUUUAUGGAAAGAUGGACAGAUCCCUUACGACAGUUCACAGAAGAAAUUGGUGCCGCAAACCGUCGCUAUUGAACUCUUUAUUGUGUUCUCAACCGCUGCAUCCAUUGGAAUCGUGUUGGGGAUAAUGUUUCUGGUAUUCAAUCGAUAUUAUCGCAAGUACAGGUUUAUCCGGUUGUCUGCACCGCUAUUUAAUGACGUCAUGGUUAUAGGCUGCAUCAUGUGCCUUAGUACUGUGUAUUUAUUUGGUUUAAGAAAUUUUGAUGAUCCAAAAAUAGACAUGCCACCUAUUUGCAAGGCCCGUGCGUGGAUUUUGAAUGUUGGGUUUUCAUUGGCCUUCGGAGCCAUGUUCAUCAAAACAUGGCGAAUUUACAAGAUUUGUACCAACAAGCGCCUAAAAGUUCGCCUCGGUCCUUUGUCCGAUUGGUGGAUGCUUGCAAUGGUUAGUGGGAUCGUUUUAAUUGACGUGGGUAUCAUGGUUGCGUGGGAGAUUGAAGACCCCCUGGAAUGGGCUCAGCACAACUUUACUGAGAAGAGAGAUAAAGAUAACCCUCUCUUCAUCAUCGUACCAACGCUGAACACCUGUACGGCCAAGAAUCUGACGGUAUGGCUGGCUUUGAUCUACGUUUACAAAGGCAUUAUGCUCCUAUACGGGCUCUUCCUUGCCUACGAGACAAGAAACGUGGUGUAUGCCCAUCUCAAUGACUCACGUGUCAUUGGCAUCUGUGUGUAUAACGUGGUAGUGUUGUCCGCUAUUGGGGCAUUUCUUGCGCUGAUUCUGAACAAUGAUCAAUAUGAGCAAUUGUACGCCGCCUUGAGCGUGUGUAUUAUAUUUCCAGCUACCGUAACCAUAUCGUUAAUCUUCAUACCAAAGCUAAUACAUCGUGUAAAAAUGAGCUCCCUCGACGAUGAGGCAGGCGAAUCAGCAACAAAUACCAGAACAUUUACUCGGCCGUCGAUUGACAUAACCAGCACCUACGGUGAUGCCACUGAGAUGGGCAGAGAGAGAUACGUCGAUGCUUCUUCAACGAACGGCAGUGUGAACACACUAUGUGUAUAUCAAAAUGGAGACGCUGGACUUUCUCCUGCUCCUUCACCGAAACCACCCACGAAACUUAAAGAACUGUCACCUAAAGCCCUCGAAGACUGAACGUAUAAAACAAUAGAAAAAAUGAAAUAUUUAAACGUUUCAAGUGACAACAAAGAUUCAACUUACCUUUCACUAUUGGUACUUCUGGGCUGUUUCAAAGAAUUAUCGCGAAGAGAGGGACAUAUCCACGUUCCAAAAUUGCUUCGAAGUUAGCCAUUCUAUUGGUAUGGAGGGCAGCACGUUCUAGAGAAGUCGGUUCCUAGGAUAUUGCGCUGCCACUGAGCGUUUAUGCGAAGCCGUUCAGAUUGAAUUCUGGUGACGAAACGGAGUGGAUACAGUCUCCAAAAACUGCAUUUCGGAUAGAAAUUAUAGAAUACACAUCCCAAAGUUGCGGGUGAGUGUCAACCUUAACUGAUAUUAAGAGAAGGAAAACUCGCGCACUUCACACGAACGCUGGUCUCAAAAUGGAAUUUUUAAAACUGGUACGGUUCUUAAGGUAAAUGUAUGCAGUUAAUUUAUCGAAAUACUUUUGGAUCUUUGAUUGAAGAAAGUUGGAGGUGCAACGUAGAACAUUUUUCUAGCUGUUUUUAGGCGCUGAAUCUCUUUAAAAAAAUACACUCUGUGGUCUAUCUUUUGGAAAUUUCGAAGAAUUUUAAACAUUAACCAUUGUUCAACUGUAUUUAAAUGAAAUAUACAAUUGUUAUUAUUAUUACCAAUAUUAUGAUCAUUAUUGUUAUUAUUAUUAUUGUUAUUAUUGGUAUUAUUUAUUAUCAGUGAUUUGUGUGAAAUAGACCACGGUACAACUUUAUAGACAGCCAUUGUAAUCAUAUCAACGAUAACAAUGAGUUUAAGUCCGUAGGAAACAUCGUGCCCUGAAAUGAAGAGAGAGUCCUGGACAUCCUCUGUUUGUGGAACUUCUUCGGUGCAUAAACGUAGGACUUUAGUGCAGUGUGUAUAUUUUACAACGUGGUUUGGCCAUCAUACCGACUCUUGCAAGUUCGUGGAGCCAUUUCAUUGCUUGUACAUCAUAAAAUAUUGGCAGAAAUUACCUUUUUGUAAGGGCAGGAACUGAACCUCUUAACGAGACGUGCUCCAUAUGCGGAAUUCUCUUUUUACCAGGAGAGUCAUUUGUAAACCCUUCUUUGAAUAAAAACUUGAAAUCAAUA